CGACUCUACGGCUCAGGGAAAUCAAAAUAAAAGCAUUGUGUCGUCAUUGUGACGAAUAAUUCCACCUCCUCCCCAGUCCCCACGACAUUUAAUUGCCCAUACUUCAACGAAACACCACAAGAGUCUCAGUCAAAGUUGGUAUGCGUUUGGGUUGUUGAGUUCUGAGUGCAGAGCUCUAGAUUAAAUACUUACAGCCUAAUAGGUAGGCAGAUCUAUCUGAGGAAACUAUCAGAAUUCCUUGAGAUUUUGAUUUUGGGUGUUGAUUUCUGAAGGCAAGUUUUGCAGAGUGCUAGAGGAAGAGGCAAAAAUCUUCUUGGGUCUGGAAAAUUUGAGGUAUUGAUUGCUGAAUAUUGGAAAAAGAGAUGGCUGAAUUGUCAAGAAUAGGAUUGGCUGGAUUGGCUGUGAUGGGGCAGAAUCUAGCUCUCAACAUUGCAGAGAAAGGCUUCCCCAUCUCAGUCUACAAUCGAAGCCCAGAGAAGGUAGACGAGACGGUAGAAAGAGCCAAGCUGGAAGGCAAUCUGCCAGUAAAAGGCUUCCAUGACGCUAAGGAAUUUGUGCACUCAAUCCAGAAGCCCAGAGUCAUAAUCCUAUUGAUCAAAGCAGGACCCCCCGUGGACAAAUCAAUAGAGACUCUGGCUGCCCACAUGGAAGAAGGGGACUGUAUUGUGGACGGUGGGAAUGAAUGGUAUGAAAACACAGAGAGAAGGCAGGAGGAGGCGAAGAAGAGGGGGCUUCUGUAUUUAGGUAUGGGGGUCUCAGGGGGUGAAGAGGGUGCCAGGAAUGGCCCUUCUCUUAUGCCUGGAGGGUCAUAUGAGGCUUACAAGUAUAUUGAGGAUAUUAUUCUUAAGGUUGCUGCACAGGUGGACAGUGGCCCCUGUGUUACCUAUAUUGGAAAGGGUGGAUCCGGCAAUUUUGUCAAGAUGGUGCACAAUGGGAUCGAGUAUGGUGACAUGCAGCUUAUUGCAGAGGCUUAUGAUGUGCUUAAGUCUGUAGGUAAGCUUACAAACCAAGAGUUGCAAGAGGCAUUUUCUAGUUGGAACAAGGGAGAAUUAUGUAGCUUUUUGAUUGAAAUCACUGCAGACAUUUUUGGGGUUCAGGAUGAUAAGGGGGAUGGGUGUCUUGUUGACAAGGUAUUGGAUAAAACUGGUAUGAAGGGCACUGGUAAGUGGACUGUGCAACAGGCUGCAGAGCUUUCUGUUGCUGCACCCACCAUUGCUUCUUCGUUAGAUUCUCGUUUCCUUAGUGGAUUGAAGGAGGAACGAAUGGAGGCUUCCAAAGUAUUUAAAAGUGUAGACCUUGGUGAUGGGAAUGUGGAGGUUGCUAAGCAGACAUUGAUUGAUGAUGUGAGGAAAGCUCUCUAUGCAUCCAAGAUCUGCAGUUAUGCCCAGGGGAUGAAUUUGAUCCGUGCCAAGAGUGCAGAGAAGGGAUGGGAUUUGAAAUUGGGUGAACUUGCUCGGAUCUGGAAGGGUGGCUGCAUUAUUCGUGCAGUUUUUCUGGACCGGAUAAAGAAAGCAUAUGACAGGAAUCCCCACCUGGCUAGUCUCUUGAUGGAUCCUGAAUUUGCACAGGAGAUGAUUGAGAGACAGUCUGCUUGGCGCCGUGUUGUUACUUUGGCAAUCAAUGCAGGUAUCAGCACUCCAGGAAUGUCUGCAAGCUUGGCCUAUUUUGAUUCCUAUAGGAGGGACAGGUUGCCUGCAAACCUGGUGCAGGCACAGAGAGACUAUUUUGGUGCUCAUACCUAUGAGAGGAUUGAUAUGCCUGGCUGGUUCCAUACAGAGUGGUUCAAGAUUGCAAAACAAACAAAGAUUUAAAAUAUGGAGUAACCCUUGCUUUCGCCAAGUCUUCUGUUUUGGUUAGUACUGAACAGGAGAAAGUUUUCUAAACUGAGCAGAAGCGUUUCUUUUUUAAGUUUGAAGAAAUAAAAUGUAGUUUUACUAUUUAUAUAAAGGUCCUGUACUAAUUUCUUGAUUGAAUUUCAGAGCCAUAGGAUGCUCACAUGUUGCUCUUUUCAGAUUAAGGGACCAAAUUAUGUUUGGUUAUCCAAUUGUGAUCCAUGAUUCUUUAAUGGAGAACAUAACAUUUGACAAUGCAAAGUGAAUGAGUUUAAUGGAGAACAUUCUGUUUUU